UGUUCGCGCCAGAUUUCAAACCCGGCAUCGUGGGACCGGCAACGAGUCACAUUUCAACCAAAAAUGCCGCUUUUAGGUCGAAAAGUUUAUAUUCCAAGAACGCAGGACAGGGCAGAGAAACACCCCGAAGGCCGUUUCAGGGUUCCAUUCACCAACGAAGUCUGUAAAAGCAAGGAUCAUGGUUCAUACAGUGAGUAUGAGAAGCGUAUGGAAUUUUACCGCCAGCCAAUAUGGACUUGCCAAUGUACAGGUGUAAGUGGACUAACCUACCAGGAAGCCUGUAGGUCAGAAGCCAGUGCACGUGAACAGGUAGAGGAUGAAUUUCCUAUCCGACUUGAGAGGAUUGUGAUGGAGUUGGUCCACCACAGUGCAACUCCAUUGGACACCCUUGUUGAUGAGGUCCAAGCUCAUCUACAGAAUCACUUUGAAGUCGGGGAAACUGUAGAGCUGAAAGUGCAGCUGAAGGGCAAAAUAAUUAGAGGAAAGGUCCUCAAAGUUACCCAGUCAUCAUCUAAUGAGUGGACUGCUUUAACGAUACCUGACACUAUGGCACGGGCACAGAUGAAAGAGGGAAAUUCACCUUCAAGCGACAAAGAAAAUCAUGUCGAUGAAGGAAGUAGGACUCCCCUUAAACAAGGAAAGAAGUUUAGCAACAAGAACUUCAGGUACACAAUUCGACUGUGUGAUGAAGACAAGAUCAUCAGCUCUAUCCCAAGUCAUGAACUUACUCAUACUUCUCCUCUACCCUCCUGGGAUCUCAUCAAGCUUUUUAUCAGAGCCAAUGCCAUCCAGACUGGCUCUGCCUUCAAUUCCCCGUGGAUUGUCUCAGAAGACCUCUUCACAAAGUUCAACCUCGUCAAUAAAUAUGAUGACCUGAGCCUCAGUCCUUACAAGACCACCUAUGAAACACCCAAAGUCCACAAAAGAUCAGCCGAGGAAAGUCAGAGCACCACCAAAUCCUCCAAAAAGCGGAAGUUGUCAGACCAUUUCAACACUCCAAAGAUGAAGCAGUCAACACUUCUGGACAUGAGCUUCAAGUCAAAGUCAGCUCAGGUGGCCGGGCACCGGUCAGAGUCAGAUGACCCUAAUCAAAUGCCCAGCCCAGAGAAAGUCCGCAUGGACCACACUUACAGCUCCCCAAUCGGCAAGUCUUUGCACAAGAAUUCACCAAAACAAUCUCCAAAAAAAGUGGUUGCCUCUAAGAAGGGUUCCCCUGAGGCAAAGAAGGCUCUUGGCAAAGCAACUUUGAAAAAAACCCAAAAGGAAGAAACAUCUGCAAAGAAAAAGGACAAUGCUGCCAAAGCCAGGGAAAAGAAGAGCACUCAGAAGUCUAAACCUGGCAGAGAGGAAGAAGCAAAAGCUAGAAAGACAAGGAAAACAUCAAUCAAGAAAAGCUCUAUGGAAGAUGAAGUUAUUGAUGUGGAUAUGAUUCAGGAUGGACCUUAUAUGGGUCAGAAAACCCCCUCAAAGAAGAAGCUGACUGACCACUUCAAAAUGCUUCAAAGCAGCACUCCAUCAGAGGAUGAAUUCAAAGUAACUCCCAAAAAGAUUCCUUUAUCAAAACAAGCAAAGAAUAAGACCGCACCCACUAAAUCCAAGACCAAAGCCCUUGCACAGGCCAAGAAGGAAAAUGGAAAGAGAGCUGUCACUAAAGUUCCUAGAAAAGUUUCUUCAGGAACCCCAAAGAAAGUAAUAUCUCCCAAGAAGAAGACUACAGUUUCCCCAGUCAAGAAAACAAAACCUGUAAGGCAAGAAACAAAUACCAAGUCACCAGUUAAGUCGCCCAAGACAGGAUCACCAAGGAAAUCCUCUACCAAAAUAGCCACGCCGAAGAAGACACCACAGAAGAGGGGGAGAACAUCACCACUUAAAACACCAAAGUCUAAGACAUCACUAAAACAGAUGACUCUCUUUGAUGUUGCUGGCAAGAAGUCCAAGACACCAGAUUCUCAAGUUCGCUAUAAGCUAUCAACACCACAAAGUCCCCGUCAACCUCCCAUCAUUACAAAAUUAAUUCGGGCCAAAAAGAACAAGGACACAGUGUUAUACAGCAAGCUGAUGACCAAGGCAGUCAAGGAACUCAACGACAAGCAAAUAAAGAACCUGAAGCCUGAGAUCAAAGAAGAAGUGACGUCUAAGUAUGAGAACUAUAAGAUGAAACUCAAAUGGAAGUCCAUGACACCUGAGGAGCGAAAAGAGCUGAUGCUGCGGAAGCGAGAGGAAAAGAAAAAACAGCGAGAAGAGGAGAAACAGAAGAAGAUGGAAGAGGAACGCAAAAUGAGAUUGGAACAAGCAAAGCGGUACGAAGACCAGGAUCUUAAGUUGAAACCUCUCCCAACUCCCAAACUGGUAUCCAUGCCAGAUGGUCUACCCAACACUCUGUUUGGUGACAUUGCUAUGGUGGUGGAGUUCCUCAACUGCUACUGUGGUCUGCUCAUGCCCAAUGACCCUUACCCUGUCACUGCAGAUUGUUUAACGAAGGCUUUGGUUGGGGGCAGGGAGGGCUUUGCCUAUCUAUCUCGUGUUCUGGUCAUUCUGCUAAAAACUUUGCUACAAGACAAGAUUGCUGAGGACUACAAAGAACUAAGCAUGUCCUUGUCUCAGAUCCCAGUCAACAUGCAUACGGCCUCAGAGCUCUUACGUCUGAGCCUUCGCCUGGAUGACCAGGAGAGUGAUGACCAAAGCAGCAGCGGUGGCAGUGAUGAAUUUAUCAAUGAUGAUGAAGUGCCCCAGGAGUUGGUAGAGUUGCUAGAGACCAGUGAGUUCUUUGAGCUGGAGCCCCUGAAAAAAUUACAGCUGUUAGUCUUCCUGUGCCAUCGGAUUCUAGCCUCAUAUGCUGUGCAAGACUUUAUGGACAACAAGCAGAAAGUGGCUGCUAGACUGUGGCGAGACAAGAUCCAAACUCUCAAGGAGAAGAAUGAAAAGCUGAAGGAGGAGAAACAGAAGUUGAGGGAGCAGAGGGAGGCUGAGAGGUUACAGCGGGAGGUAGAAAUGAAGCAGAAGGCAGAGGCAGCUGGUGCCACACCAGAUGGAGAAGGAUCAGAGACCAAUCCUGAUGAUAAACCCAAGGAGAAGAAAAGCCGCAAAAAGAAACAUGCCAAGCAGGACAAGGAAGAAACAACCUUAGAGGAGAAUGAGGAAAACUUGGACCUUGCAUCAGUUGUCAAGAGAAGACGACUCCUAGCUGCCAAGACUAAAGCUGAGAGGGAGGAACAGGAAAAAAUGGAAAGGGAGAAGAGAAUCAAGGGAGAGGAAGAAUACAGAAAAAUGAGAGCUCAGGAAAUCUUUGAGAAGAAAUUUGAAGAUGGCAUACAGCAGGCUAAGCUGGCCCUCCGCCAGACUCCCAUAGGUACCGAUCGCAAUCACAGUCGCUACUGGGUCUUCUCCAGUGUCACUCCAGGCUUGUUCAUUGAGAAGGGCUGGGUGGACCCCAACAUUACCUACAACUCUCGCAACAGGGGCGGAGCUUGGGAAGGUGGUGACAGCGGCGACUGUACUGAAAAGACUUUUCCUAAGGUGGGCCAGAAUCUGUGGUUUCAGUAUGAGAGUACCAAGGAGCUGGAAGCCAUUUUGGAGGCCUUAGAUAACCAGGGUGUGCGAGAGAGUGCUCUGUGUAUUGAAAUCAGGAAGCACUACCAGGACAUAGUCAGGAUGAUCAACCUGUCCAGGAGAUCUGGUCCAGAACUGCGGGAAUCGGAUGGUCCCAGGGAGCUUUUGCAGUCAUUGAGGGAAGACUUGCUAGAUAUUGAGAGUCACAUCCGACAAGGCAAUUUGGGUGGAGUGGAAGACCCACAGAGAUGGGAGGAACAGGUCAAGACAGCCACCAAGCUCAAAGACUUGGGAGCUUUGAUCGUUGAGAGCCAAGCAGGUGUUAACCCAAAGUUCCUUCAAGGGAUUAUGGCCCAGCCCAAGCCUAAACCUAAACCCUCAGAAGAGGACAGUAAAGAGGAUAACGAUGAGGAGGAAACUAAUAAUGAAGUGGGUUUUUUUUCAGAAGAUGGGUCAGGAAUUCCAGAGAAGGUGACCAAGUGGGUUGAAGCAGUUGAAAGUGCCCCCACACUGUCACGCCUCCACCUCCUCCUGAGCAUUUUUGAGGCCUGCGUUCGAUGGGAGAAGUCAGCUGAGAAUGCCAAGUGCAAGAUCUGCCGACGCAAGGGAGAUGAGGACAAAUUGUUGCUUUGUGAUGAGUGCAACCAACCAUUCCAUCUGUUCUGCCUACGGCCAGCACUCUCUACUGUACCCAAGGGUGACUGGAAAUGCCCUGCCUGUGCUCCUUCUGCCAGGAGAAGUGUCAGGAGGCGAAGUUACAAAGGAAUGGAUGAUUCAGAUGAGUCUGAGGAUUCCUGUGAGGAUGGCAGUACCACUGAUGAGGAUUUUGAGGAUGAAGAUUCUGAGGGUGAGAUUGAACAUGAGGAUGUGUGCAUAGUUUGCUCCGAGGAUGGUGAGCUAGUGCUCUGUGCCAAGUGCCCCUUAGCAUACCACAAGGAAUGCCAUGAACCACCCAUGCGCAAUUUUCCAAGGGGUCGCUGGGUGUGUGCCUCAUGCCAGAACCGCGCUCGCUCUGCUCAGUUGAAGCAAGCAGAGCAAAAGGUUAAAAAGGAGGCCCUGACCAGGAAGAAGAGGCUUCAACAAGCUAAAAGGAAAAAGGCUCAGGAUGCGGCUCGAGCAGCCGCAAGGAAACCCAAGAUUGCCUUCACUUGCAAGAUUGCAGAGGACAUCAUCAGCAAGAUGUUAAGAUACAGGGACAGUGGACCAUUCCGCACCAUGCCAGAUCCAGCAGAUGCACCAGACUACAAAGAGGUCAUUGCUAAUCCUGUUGACCUACACAUGCUGAAGGACCGAUGCAGCUGUGAAGAGUACCAGGAACAACAGGAAUUUCUAGAGGAUGUUCGUCUGUUGUUCACCAAUGCUAAGCAAUAUUAUGAGAAUGAUGGGCAUGUCAACCUCCAAGCCAAGAAGCUGGAGGAUUUCUUCAUCAAUCUUCUCAAAUGGAACCUACCACAAGCUGCAGAGGUCUGGCAGCAGUGCUCUUCCCAAUCCAGGAGGUCCAACAGAAGUCAAAUCUUUUGCAAUGAUGACCGCUCAGACCAGAGUUAUGGCAGGCGAUCAUUACGACAGCAAAGUUAUUGAUGUCAGCUUUGUAUGGACAUUUUGUUUGUUUGUUGUUGAAACAGUUCAUUAAUCUUGUAGUACAUGUAUGUGUCAGUGAAUGACUGGUUUAUCUUGCUAAUGGGAGAAUGAACGAUUGGGCCUGCUCUCACAAAAUGAAGAUGAAACUUGAUAUUCAGGUUCUGGUACAUCAUGCCUGCGGGUUCUAGAACACUGUAACAAAUGAAAACGUUUGAUUGAAUGGAACCUUUUUGUUAUACAGCUUUAGUUGAUUCCGGGGGUAUCUUUGGUUUACAUCAGAGAAUUUCUGAAAAGGAACCGUUUUAAGACAACUUGACAAAAGUCUCCAAUUAAUGCAGAAACUGACAGUUGUCAAUUCUUCAAUUUGUAAAUUUGGGAUACAAGGCACUUGUGAAUGACAUUUGGGCUGUCUUCGCCAGGUAAAAAACUGUUGGAAAGAAAUUAUGCAUUGUAGGAGGACUUUUAUACCCUGGACGUCAGUCGCAAUGCAGAAGACAGCCAACCUGGGCUAACUGGUGUAAGAAUAGUAAUAGGAUCAGAAGUCACUGACCCUCCCACAAUUGCAUGAAGGAUACGGACUUACAAAAUGGAACUCAGACAUUGGCCACAGAAACUGUCCAGCAAACAUUGUUUGAUGCUAUCAACAACGUUAAGGAAGACUUUUGCGAGUUAAUUCAUGAAAAUGUUUUUCUAUUAUAUUUUCAUUUUAAUUUGUUGUGAUGUGAUAGGUUGAAUUUGAUACUCUCACUGGUGCUGGAAUGGUACAAUAGUAAGCCAUACAUGCUGAUACCAAGACCAUGGUGGCAUUUCCUUUGGCUAGUGCAUGUACAUGUACUAACAUACAUGACUGGAGUCUCCUUCCAAUCUAGUCAGUAUUGUCUACGUGAAAUGUGUGAUUAUAUGGCAGGUUUUUGAUGACAUUUGGGGAAUCAGUAGGCAGGAUUAUUGUGAAAUUAACCAGGAUUGACUAGAAGUUUUCCUAUGGUAGACACCAACAUAUAUAUAUAACAAAGCAAAAGGGCAUUUGGUAAAAAGAAAAUUGAGUUUGGUCGCAAAUUUGGCUAUCAUUCAAAUUGUACUCCAUGUACCUAGAAUCUUGAGAGCAGGUCCCGGUGAAAACUCCCAUUAGCAACGAUGGACAAGUAUUCGCAAAAAGUAGACAUGUCUAAUGAAUUCUACAAACUUAAAAGUAUGCACUCUUUCUGAACAUUUUGGUCUUUUUUAGCGUUAGUUUCCAGGAGCCAAGCCAGGUUCUGUAAUUCACAAAAUGACUUUAGGAAAUUUUGUGGUGAGUUCCAUCCAGGGACUCUGCACUUUUAUAAAAUCUUUGGCAUUUAAAUUAAAAAAUAUUUUUAUAACAAGAAAACAGUUUACCUCAACUAUGAACAGUACAACAUCCUAUUUCAAGUUUUUGUAAAGUAAUUCUUGAACCACUGAGUUUUUCUCCCCAAAGGUGACCAUUAACAAAUACAUUUCUUAAAGAUGGGUGAUUUAUUAUAAAUGCAGUUUUUACUUUACUAAUAUUGUUAUUGUAAUGUCCUAUUGUAUGCCUGGUACGUUAAUUACUGAAUCUGGAAAAGCUAUAGUAGAUCUGCUUGUAGUUUGUAAGGAUGAAAAAUGUACUUUUAAAAAUGAAAACAAACAGGUGAUAUUUAAGUAA